AUCCUUUAAAUAGGAUCAACUGUUCGAAGGUAGGGCACAGUCGACAUCAUCCUUUCAUCUGAUACAUUGUGAAGUGGUGCGGAAGGUGAAAAGAUUUCUAUCGAGUGUUCGAGUGAAUUAAACCGAGAAUGUUGUUUAAGUUAAUUCUCAUCGCCUUGGUGGGAACCUGCUUUGCCGAAAGUCAGAGCAGUGAUUCUCCGAAGACGAAGCAACAUGGCGACCAAGCGCGACGUGACGGCAUGAAGCAAUUCCUCGAUGAUAACUUUGCGUUUGAGCCGAACCAAGUGUAUGUUUAUAACGUGACAACGAAAACCAUGACCGCAAUGCCGGAUUUGAUCGAACAGUGGACCGGUAUAGUGACCCAUGCCAAGCUGAUCGUCAGCUCCAAGCGCGAUGGUUACGUCGUAGGUCGCGUUGAGCAGCCGGUCUACGCUCAGUUCAACGAGUAUUUACCUCAAGGCUACAGCACCAAGUUGUCCGAUUUGGCGCUUUCCUGGAAACCCAUGCCGCUGAGCACCAAGCCGUUCGGUAUCAAGUACAAGAGGGGCGCAAUCAAAGGAUUGUUUGUGGAGAACACUGUUCCCAACAACGAGGUCAAUGUUUUGAAAUCUUACAUCAGCCAGCUGCAGAUUGAUCUUCUUGGUGUCAACUUAGUUAAAUCGAAAUAUAAUCAACUGCCGGAGAAUGAUACCGUGACUGCGGCUUACAAGACCAUGGAGCCAUCAGUUUCAGGUGAAUGUGAAACGUUGUACGAUGUCAACGCGAUCCCCAAAUAUCUGAUCCAGUCGCACAAGGAUUGGGUUCCGCAGCCACAGUAUAUGGAACGCGAUGAUAAUAUUAUGGAGAUUGUCAAGGCUAGAAACUACAGCAAUUGCGAUCGUCGCAUGGGAUACCACUUCGGAAUCACCGGUGCGUCCAACAUGAAACCCAACACCAACCAAAUGGGUAACAUUUUGAGCAAGUCCGCCGUGAGCCGUAUUUUUGCCGUGGGUAAUUCCAAAAACCAUACCAUUCAAUCUGCCUCAACUAUCAGUAAGAUCGUGGUAAGCCCAUCGCUGGUUAGCACCCAGAAGGCCAUGGUAUACGCCCAGGUCAACAUUACACUGGAACGUAUUGAACAGAGCAAAAAGGAACCUUCGGCACCAGCUGAGGAUCGAUCCGUUUUUGUCGGUUUAGUGUACAGCUACAAUCUUCCAGAGGAUAAGCAAAAUCUUGCCCGCCGAGAGAAUGAAACAUCCAGCUCAUCUUCGUCUUCAUCUUCCUCAUCCUCAUCAUCUUCUUCCUCCGAAAGUAACUCAUCCUCUUCGAGUUCUAGCUCGGAAGAAAAAGAUAACCCAAAAAUCAGUCCAGCCGAACAGCACAAGAACAAGUUGGAAGAAACCGAACGCCGCGGAAGUCGCAAACGUCGUGAUCUUGACGCCAUGAAGGAGAAGCAGUACUACGAAGCCUAUAAAAUGGACCAACACCGGUUGAACCGAAAAAAGAGCACUUCUUCAGAUUCCAGCAGCUCAGACGAUUCCAAAUCAUCUUCUUCAUCCUCCGAGGAAUCUAAUCGGAACAAUAGAAACAACUCCAGCCGAACCAGCUCGUCGUCAUCUUCUUCAAGCAGUUCAUCCUCGUCUUCGGAUUCUCUUGACAGCAGCGAAGAAUACCACCAGCCAGCCCCUAAUAGCCAAAAGCAUGCUCCCGCAGCCCCGCUUCUGCCGUUUGCUACUGGAUACAAGGGUAGCCGUCUUCAGAAUGCCCGCAACGUGGAUUUCUCACGAAUUGUUCCUCAGUUGACGAAGAAAAUCGCUCAGGAUCUACAGAACCCAUCCAGCAUGCCCAAAGCCCAUACAUUGGACGAUUUCAAUACCCUGAGUCGUCUGCUCCGGAACAUGGAUCAUCAAGAGUUGUAUGACAUCACUCAAAAAUUGUUCAUAUCACAGAAGGAACGUGAAGAUGGUGACAAUCAUAGUGAAAAAUUUGCCAUUCGAGUCGAUUCCUGGAAUGUCUUCCGUGAUGCUUUGGCUGAGGCUGGAACUCCACCGGCAUUCCAAGUGAUCAAGCAAUACAUUGAAGAGAAGAAACUACGAGGAAACGAAGGCGCCUCCGUUAUUGCCACUCUGCCGAAAAGUAUCCGCUACCCAACGGAAACUCAAAUGCACGAAUUCUUCUUACUUGCUACCUCAUCUGCUGUGCAGCAUCAAGAAGUUCUAAACGCAACUGCAGUGAUUGCCUUCAGCGAUUUCCUGAACCGUGCCCAUGUCAAUAAUCGUUCAGCUGCCAAUUAUUAUCCGGUCAAUAGCUUUGGACGUUUGGCCGAUUCGAAGUAUCAAAUCGUGGCCCACAAAGCUGUCCCAUGGUUGGCUCAUCAGCUUCGAGAAGCGGUUAAGGAUGCCGAUAGCGUGCGAAUUCAGGUGUACGUCCGCGCUCUCGGUAACCUUGGACAUCCGGAAAUUUUGAACGUCUUCGAACCAUACCUCGAGGGCAAGAUUCCGGUUUCACACUAUCAGCGAUUCGCUAUCGUGAUGUCAUUGGAUCGCCUUACUGAGAACUAUCCUAAAUUGGCCCGUUCGGUCCUGUACAAGCUCUACCAGAACACAGCCGAUGUCGAUGAAGUUCGCAGCGCUGCUGUUCUGCUGCUCAUGCGUACCUCGCCACCGGUGGCUAUGCUGCAGCGAAUGGCUGAGCAAACCGACAAAGGAAGCAGACAGAUUAGUGCACUUGUGAAGAGUCUUAUCGAAUCGGCCGCCGAAUGUGAUGAAUAUGACGAGGAUUCGGAUCUCGCACAAAACGCACAAGCUGCCAUCAAAAUGUUGACUCCACAAGACUUUGGCCUGCAGUACUCGACUGCCCAACUGCGAGACUACGCUCUUGAGGAGCUUGAUCUCUCGUACCGCAUACAAGCCGCGCAAUUUGCUUCUCAAAAUCACCCGGUACCCGCCGGUAUGGUAUUGCAUUUGCACAAGAAUCUCGGCGGACUCAAGCAACUGUCGUCCUAUCAUUACAUUGUUUCGAAUGUACAAGCUCUGUUCGAUCUCCUGGACGAGAAAAUCGUAACCGUUGAAGAACAACAAGAACGUCGUCAACAAUCGUCGCCACAUCAUCAGCAUUCUCGCCAGAGCCACGCCAAUCAGAAACAGGAAAAGGCACAUCAGAAGAGUGACAACAAGGCUGAUCAGAAAUGGUCCACCACCAGAAUCGCUAAGUUGUUGAACAUUGACCCGGAGGAGGCCGAACAGGUAGAGGGACAAAUUUUAUUCGAACUAUUCAAUGGACAUCGUCUAUUCGCUUUCGAUAAUCGCAGUAUUGAGCAAUCACCGCAGCAAAUCCGUCGAUUUUUGCAAGAUUUAGAGAAUGGAAGGCGAAUGAAUGUCACCAAAAUGUACCAACAAAAUUCACUGAGCAUCGCCAUGCCGCUUGAAACCGGUUUCCCGUUCACCUAUUCUCUACACAUUCCAACUCUGGUUAAGUUCGAGAUUGAAGCAAGUGCUAAAACCUCGCCAAACGUUGCACACAAGGCAUCUGGACACCCGGAAAACGAGAACGACGAACAAAUCUACAUCCCCUUGACUGCUAACAUUUCCGCCGACGUUAACGUCGUUUACUCCCAGCUGGUGGAUGCCAAGGUUGGAUUCACAACUCCAUUCGAUCAUCAGCGAUACAUCGCCGGAUAUCAGAAAAAGAAACACGCGCAGGUUCCCUUGAGCAUUGAGGCUGCACUGAACUUUGCCGAUGACGAUUACGAAAUUAACGUACAACCAUUGGAGCCCAAGAAUGAUGUUUUGAUUGGUCACAUCAGCUCAUGGCCUUACACAGUAUACAAGGACAUCACCGACAUUCGAUCGGUUGCCGAACAUCCAAACGCUCAAAUCCUACACAGCUCUGAACAUAGCACUACCUCAUUCGAGCAGACCCUCGGCCAUCAAAUGACUGGUGUAGCCUUGCGUUUGCAGGUUAAACACGACAAACCAACAUAUGAUUUUGAUUACAUUUUGGAACGCCUGCAGGCACAAGAUUUCAUGUCAGUUCUUAUACAUCCAUUUGUUUCCGAGACUCAUCACUACCAUCAGGUCAACCUUUGGUACGACGCUCAACGCACCGCUGCUAAGAACAUGAAAUUCACGCUGAAAAUCAAGAGCGAGGAUGACACCACCCAAGACUACGAAGAAUCGGCAAUCAAACAUCCAAAGGCACGUCACGGCGUGGAUGGAUACUUCAACGAACAAAACCUGGCUCAGCCCUACGUAUCUACGCCAAACAGUGAACGACGACAAAAUCAGCUCAUGAAGAACGCCGGUGCCGGAAUCCGCAAUAGCCAGAUCAGCGUCGUUGAUAUUGGUGUGCAAUUCGAAGGACGCCAGCAAAAGGCUGAGUUUGUGUUAACCAUAGCUAACGCUGAAUCUCCUGUAGAUGAGAAGUCACGCACGCUGAUAUUCGCCGCUGCCAGUCCUUAUCUUUCCAUUGCAUCUGUUAAACCGGCGCAGCUCCAGGCAUGUCUCAGUUUAACCCAACAACACCCGAAUGUACCUAUGCUGAAUUUCAUCAACGCUCUGAACCAAAAUGCUGAAUCUACCAUCGACCUAGAACUGGCGUUCGGUGAGAAAUGUCAAGGAGGAGCCCAGCUUUCGGUAAGCGGUAAAUUGCGUCAAACUGACCAGUGGCGUCACCAUCUGAGGGUAUCGGAACUCGGAAAACAGUGUAAGGAGCAAAUGGACAAAGGUUACUACCAACUGCCACAUUGUCAAAACGCUACUCGCCAGGCUAGUUAUCAGGAUCAUAUGACGUUCGACAUCGAAUACAAGGACGUACCGGUCGUUAUUCAGAACUACACUAGCAAAGUGUUGAACUUCGUCCAAAGUACUGUUGCUCCAUGGUGGGCAGAGAACUCCAUGUCUCACAAAAGCAAGCAAGGACAAGCACAGCUGAAGCUCGAGUUGUCACCAACUGUUGAUCGCGUCAACGUUACGCUUACCACACCAAACCGCAGAAUUGAAAUUGAACAAUAUCCAGUUGAAAGUGAAUGGGCAAAAUACUUUGUCUCGAUGCAUCCAGACUUGGACUGGGAUGAGCGCUUGGCGACCUACGCCUAUCGUGGAGAGAGUAAUCCAUCUUGCGUUGUCGCUACGGAACACGUCAAUUCAUUCGAUGGAAGAACUUACGAAUACAAUACAGGAAACUGCUGGCAUGUCGCUAUGCAUACCGUUAAGCCGGACGUACACAACGCCGCUCAGCAUUCCCACUUCGGCACGCCCGAUGCGAAUCAACAGUAUAACAACGGAUUUGAAGAACACGAACAGAUUUCGAUUCUUACCCGUAAUGAUGAGAAGAAUCAACAGCAUCUGAAAAUCGUCCUUGGCCAAAAGGAUCAGUGGGACUACAAUGUCGAUGUUAUGCCAAAUGGAGCGGAGCUUCCACAGGUGUACAUCAACAACGAACCCCUGCAGGUUCAUGAGAAAUACUCCAUUCCUCUGUACUCCCAAGACGAGGGCAACCAGCCUCUGCUUCGCGUCCACGCCUUGCCCGGAAAGGAAAUCAAGAUUGAUAUUCGCGAUGGCUCGGUCUACAUUGUUAGUGAUGGAUAUCGUGCACGAAUUUUCGCUGAGCAGUCGCUCUACGAUAACACAGUGGGACUCUGCGGAACCGACAAUAAGGAAGGUGAGGAUGAUUUCAUCACCCCUCAGCAAUGCAUUAUGCGUAAACCGGAAUAUUUCGCCUCUUCCUGGGCAAUCACCGGACAGAACUGCACUGGACCAGCUAAGGCCUACGCCAUUGCUUCACAGCAAAAACAGAAGGAGGAAUGCGUCAAGAUUGAGUACAUGUACGGAAAUGUAAUCAGUGAAACUGAAGCUGGCCGCAAACGCUAUCGACACUACAAUCACCACGUUGAUUCUUCGAGCUCUUCGUCGUCGUCGUCGUCAUCUUCUUCCAGCUCAUCCUCGAGUAGCUCCGAGUCGAACAGCCGCAACUCCGAUUCUUCGUCAUCAUCAUCAUCGUCUGAAAGCUCGGAACACAAUCCAGCCAAACAGAAGGGUAGCGAGAAGGAGUGCACCGUAAAUCAUCAAGUGCAGUACGUUCGGCAGGGGGAUCAGAUUUGCUUCACGAAGCGCCCUCUGCCAGCUUGCAACCCACGUUGCAAGGUCACUGAAAAGAGCGAGAAGUACGUGGAUGUUCAUUGCCGACCGGCCACGGAUUCGGCCGCUCAGCUCCUGCGGCAGCAAAUCAACAAGGGUGCCAACCCAGACAUGAGCGCCAAGUCGGUCUCCAAGACGCUGAAGUUCGCUCUGCCAAAGAAAUGCGUCCACAUCCAGUAAAAACAUCACAGAACGAACAAACGAGAACGCCAUAGUUUUAAGUGCAUCCAGAAAAUGUAUAAAAAAGAAAAGUCGUUGAAAUGAAUAUAUAUAUAUUGCAAAAAUUAA